GGGCUGAGGCGCGCUGCGCCACGCCGCUUUACGAGCCCGGCGGUAGCCUGAGACCCGGGCUGCUUUCCUCGUCGUCCGCCGCUGCCGGGGACACCCCUUCCCUGGGCCGCGCGAAGGAGAACGCAGGGGGCGGCACUCGGCGUGUCCCCGCAUCAGGGAAUCGCUCCUGGGUGCACUCGCCAGAGAGCAGCACCAGGGAGAAAAGAUGGAGUGGCAGUUGGGGAGGAUAGCGCACAGCCAGCGGAAUCUCUUUGGCCCAGUAGACCAUGAGCAGCUGCGUUGGGACUUCCAGCACAUGCUGUGCAGCAAUAUCGAAGGGGCCAAGCAGAAGUGGAACUUCGAUUUCCUACAGGAUGUGCCAAUGGAGGGAUUCCUGCAGUGGGAAGAGCUGGGGGGCCAUGAGGUGCCAACCUUCUAUCACAGCUGUGUGGUGAGAGAGAGCCGGAGGCCACUGCGGCACCUGAAUCGGCCCCUGUGUAGGGAAGAAAAGGCUCACCGGUUGACCCUGACGGCACUGGCAGAGAAACCAAAGGCUUCCAAGCAAACAGGAGCUGGGAAGGUCCCAGAAGGAAAGAAAAGAAGACAGAUGUCUUUAACAGAUUACUACUCAGGAAAGAAGCGAAUGAGGACGAAUACACAAGCUGCUGCAAAGAAGCCAACUGCCUGAAAGCAAGCACUGAACUGUCCUGUACCAGAGAGGCUACAAGCAUCUGCUGGGUUUCCUUAGCAUUGAAAAACUUCAUGUGCAGGAUUGGACCCUUAAGGACAUGACACUAAGAUGUAUACUGAUGACAGUGAUCUCGCAAGUACAAAAACCUUUGGUUGGAAUGAGUUCAGGCCAAAUCAACUGGAAACACUUCAGUGAGAAAUUACUAGCCUUAAAAGACACUAGUUAGCACAUGUGGACUCCACAGGAUUCAGUGAAGGCUAGCAGUUUAAUGUGCACUAAAAAUCACUGGACAUGAGAAAAUGACUUAAAAAAAAAAACAGCACAUAUGUGUGUAAUGUGGUUCUUGGACAUAUCAGGGUACAGUUGGGAUUUUUUAUAUUGUUGUGUCUUUGCAUAUGCUUUUUUUUUUUUCCUUAAAGCAGGGUGUCUUAUUAAAUAUCACCAUCUCAUUUUUACAGGUCUGACAACUAAGAAUAAUUCCCAGGCACAUCUGUGGUUUUUAUCAGGUACAAAAUUUUGUGCUUACAGCUAUCCAGAGCAUAAGUAACAGCACUUGGGUGCCAAGUAUUGCUGGAUUGUAAAUGGAGAAAGCUGAAAUUAUUUGGGAAAGCUUCCAUUUAUAUCAGCAGCCAUGUUAACUCUGUAUGUCUGCCCACUGUGGAAGAAUUGGAUAGUUCAGCUUGUUAUGAGUACAUGUUUCCAGAUAUACUCUUGCAUCUUUUAAGUCAUUCCUGUUAUCAGCUGUGUAAAAAUUCACCUGUUACUUUCAGCUGUACUAUUCCAUCUCAGACUUUGGAUUUGCAGUGUAAAUUAGGAUAAAAUUUGCUGUGCAUUCAUCCACAGUUUUUAAAAAUGCCUGCUGUUUGUAAGAAUGUGCUACAAAAGAGGUAAGCUAUUUAGUUGCUUUUAGUGCUUUUUUCAUACUAAUAUUGUUUUUGUAGGAAGAAAAAGGGCAUUAAUGACACAAUGAUCUUGACAUUGUGUGGACUGCUUUUUCUGUGGCAUUUAUUAACAGACUUUUCCAUCACCUACUUUUUAUUUCCCUUUUUCAUUCCCCUGACUGGUUUGGAUAACUGAGGUUUUACAGCACAUAAUAAUCAGUGGGUAAAACAGAAAAAGAAACCUAUAAAAUAUACACUCUGAAUUAUACUGCUGCAUAUGGCCAUAAGAUGCACGUGAUGUUUAAUGAACACAUUUGGUAAGAGCUUUGUAAAUGUCAGCUUUUUUAGGACAUUGUGCAGUGGUGGAAUACUACUUUUCAUCUUGAAUCUAAACAAGCCAAGGUUUAUCUUGGGCAGGAAGAACCAACAUGCGCAUGCAUGUGCACGUCAGUUGUGCACACAGGAAUUGAAGUAAGGAAGUAAUACAUCCUGCACUGCACGCAAUGUCAGGAUGGUUUAGAGCAUUUAUUUUUUUCCCAUUAAGAGCUGCAGUGAUCAGAUGUAAAUAAUGUUUGCCCCCAAUUGGCAAAAAAACAGCGAUGAUUUGUUUC